AUGAACAUCGUGGGAAAGCUCAAUUUAAUGAUACCGUGGAGUAUAUUCUUGCUUCAUUCACUGCUGUCCUCUUUGCAAGGAUCUUAUUGCAAGCUUUCUCUUUUGAGAAGAACUUCAAGAAAUGACUUUAAUGCAACUCGACAGAAAAGAGAUCUCGUAACAGCCGAGAUUCAAGCUGCCUCUCCUCGGUUGCACCUUCAUGGGGCCUCGACGCAGAGUCCGCCAGGAGGUUCAUGUCCUCAGGAGUGCCUUAAUGGAGCAGCCUGCACAGCGGCAGGUGACUGUGACUGUCAGUUAUUUCAGGCUCAAGGAAGCAGGUGCCAAAUUGUACCUAACACUGGUAAGGACCGAGAUGGGAUUUGCAAAUCAUGGGGACAGUAUCAUUUUGAAACAUUUGAUGGCAUCUACUACUACUUCCCAGGAAAUUGCUCCUAUAUUUUUGCAAAAGACUGCAGUACUCCAGAACCCCAGUACACUGUUUGGGUUCAUAACAGUCCUCACUGUUAUGGUUCGGUGUAUACUUGUCAGAGGUCCAUCAGCUUAUUUUUUUCAAACCAAGAAGAAAUAAUUAUUUCAGGACAUGAAGUAAGAAAAGAAGGAAUCAGAUUAAUGUUGCCUCAGACAGUUGGAAAUGCUUUCCUUGAGAGACUGGCUGACUACAUUCUGGUGAAGACUACCUUUGGCUUUUCUCUUGCUUGGGAUGGAAACUCUGGCAUUUAUAUUAAGCUGACAGAAGAUCAUAAGGGAAAACCUUGUGGCCUCUGUGGAAAUUUUAAUGACAAUAAAUAUGAUGACCUGAUACUGCAGAAUAUUGGUGAAUAUACAGAAGACAUUGCUGAAUUUGCAAAUAGCUGGGCUGUGCAAACCUCAGAUGAUGUAGCUUGUGUACCUACUGCCUCAGAUUUUUCCAGUCCUUGCUCAGCUGAUACAGGAUCCACAGAGGACAUAUUCUUCAAGUGCCAAAUAUUCCUACAGUUUCCUUUUCUCAGCUGUCAUGAAAGCAUAGAUCCAUAUUCUUACAUUUCUAGCUGUAUGAAUGAUCUUUGCAGAGUGGAUGAUGAUGAAACAUACUGCAGGGCGGUGACGGAGUACGCUAGAGCAUGCUCUCACGCUGGGUCCCCGGUGCGGGACUGGAGGGAUGACUUUCCUGCCUGUACUGACAAGUGUGAAGACAGCUUUGUACACCGUGACUGUAUCAGUUGUUGCCCACCAACCUGCACAUUUGAAAAAGACUGUCUUGGCAGCAAUCUACACUGCUUAGAUGGCUGUUACUGUCCAGAUGGUCUCAUUAUGGAAAAUGGAACUUGCAUCUCUGUGUCAAAUUGUCCUUGUAUUUAUCAUGGAACUGCCUUCCCUGUAGGCUCAAAAAUUGAACAAGAAUGUAGCAACUGUAUUUGUAUUGGUGGCAUUUGGAACUGCACUGAUCAUGAUUGCCCAGCUGAGUGCUCCAUCACAGGUAGUUCUCAUUUCACAACCUUUGAUGGACGUCAUUUUACCUUUCUUGGGAUUUGCCAGUACAUUUUGGUAAAAGGCACUGGGAAAAACAAAUUCACAAUCACUUUACAGAAAGCACCUUGUGGACAGAACUUUGACCACGCCUGCAUUGAGUCUAUAACACUAGUUCUUCAAGAUGAUGUGAACAAACAAAUAACUCUCACGAGACAUGGUCAAGUCCAAACUGGCCCUAACCAAGUUUUUAACCUUAAUGGGGUUAUUGAAAUUCAGAAUAUAUCUUCUUUGUUUGUUCAACUGAAAACUAGUUUUGGUUUGAAGAUAAUGUUUGCUAGAGAUGGAGAGAGGAUCUAUGUUCAAGUUGAUGUUGGCUGGAAGAGAAGAACAUUAGGACUGUGUGGAACGUACAAUGGGAACUUAAGAGAUGAUUUUCUUUCUCCAGCAGGGAUGAUAGAGGGGACCCCACAACUUCAUGCCAAUGCAUGGAAGGUUUCUUCAGCUUGUUCUGUGCCUAUCAAUAUUCCUGUGGUUGAUCCCUGCAACGUUAAUCAGCAAAAUGCUGGGUAUGCAUCUCACUGUGAUAUCAUCAAUCAAGAUGUUUUUGCUCCCUGCCAUGCCUACAUCAGUCCAGGAUUAUACUACCAGCUAUGCCGCUUUGAUGCAUGCAAAUGUGGAAGCAGCUGUUUGUGUAAUGCUUUGGCACACUAUGCUUAUGUCUGUGGCAAGCACGGGGUCGUCGUUGACUUCAGAUCUCAUAUAUCUUACUGUGCUGUGAUGUGUCACAGUGGUAUGCUUUAUCAUCAGUGCUCUUCUUUUUGUAAACACUCCUGUGCUUCACUUUCUAUGGCAAAAAUCUGUGGUGAUGACUGUGCAGAAGGAUGUAAUUGUCCUGAUGGGAAAUAUUUUGAAGAGUCAGUCAACUUUUGUGUAUCAGUAUCUGCCUGUCAUUGUCAUUACAAGGGCACAGCCCUCCAGCCUGGAGAAAUCCUCCCUACACCAACAGGCUCCUGUCAGUGUUUGAAUGGAACAGUGAAAUGUAUUGAAGCCACUACAGAAAAUACAGUUCAUAUAUGCCCUGAAGGAAAAAUCUACUAUGACUGCAGAUCUCCUGUGCCUGGAUUACCAGCAGCAGGUGUGAAUUGCGGGAUCUCUUGUGCGAAUCUUGCCAUGAACUUCUCCUGUGUCCCCUCACCACCCUGUGCAAGUGGCUGCAUUUGCCCCCCUGGGAUGGCUGAGCACAGAGGGAAAUGUUAUAUUCCUGACAGUUGUCCAUGCAUGUGGAAAGACAGGGAAUUUCUCUCAGGAGAAGUGAUAGCUACACCAUGUUACACCUGUGUGUGUCGGAGAGGGAUAUUCAAUUGCACUAGUUACCCCUGUCCUGCUGUAUGCACUAUUUAUGGAGAUCGACAUUAUUAUACCUUUGAUGGAUUGGAGUAUGAUUUUGUCAGUGACUGCCAAGCUUACCUGCUAAAGAGCACAGAUAACUCAAAUAUAUCUAUAAUUGCUCAGAACAAAAAGUGCUUUGACAAUGAUAUUGUUUGCUCGAAGAAUGUUUUCAUCACUGUUGGAGAUACUGAGAUUUAUUUUAGUGAACCUUCUGAGAAGCAGAAGACCUUAAGGGGACAGGAAAAAAAAUCUAACUAUCAGCUUUGGAAGGCUGGAUAUUAUACUGUGAUACACUUUCCAGAACAGGACAUUACAAUUCUAUGGGAUAAGAAGACAAUGAUGCAUGUUAAAGUUGGACCUCAAUGGAAGGGUAAACUGGCAGGUUUGUGUGGAAAUUUUGACAAAUAUACUUCAAAUGAUCUGACUACAUCAAACAACAUGGAGGUGAGAAAUGCGCAGGUGUUUGGAGACAGCUGGGUAUUAGGACAGUGCAAGAGCCCAAAUGAAACACUGAGACCAUGUGAGGUACAUCAGAGCAAGUUCCCUUAUGCCAAAAAGGAAUGCUCAAUUUUAUACAGUGAUGUUUUUGCACCUUGUCGCAACGUGAUUGAUGUGACUUCUUUUGUCAAAAAUUGUCACACAGAUACGUGCAACUGCAAUCUUGGCGGGGACUGCGAGUGCUUAUGUACCAGUAUUGCAGCUUAUGCCCACAAAUGCUGCCAGCAAGGAGCAGCGAUUCACUGGCGAUCUCCAUCGCUCUGUGCUUAUGACUGUGAAUAUUACAAUCAAGGUCUUGGUGAAGGACCCUAUAUUUUGGCAAGUUAUGGAGAGAAUGACACAAUCAUAGGAGCUAACGUAUCCAGUAGAAGGAUAUUUCCCCUGCCUAGAACAGGAGCAUAUGGAAACGUAUUUUUCAGUUUCAUGAUAACUCCAGGUCUUUUCAAAGAUAAAGAUUUAUCUCCCUCUCUUGUUUCCCUUGAAUCUGCUGAAAGACCAAACUACUUUCUGUAUGUACACAACAAUGAAACCGUUGGGUUGGAACAGUGGCAGGCAAGUGCCUCCUUUCGGAGACGAGCCACCUUCUUCCACCACCAGGGCCUCUGGAGUCCAGGGCUCAGCGCCUUCGAACUGCACAGUAAAAAAGGCUUUUUCAUCAUUCUCACCUCAUCUGGUGUUAAAGUGGCAAAGUACGAUGAUUCAGAAGAAUUCAAACGUUUGAGUAGCUUUAGUAUUGAAGAACUCAGUGCAUCUGUGCCUUAUAGAAGGAUGUGUGAAUGGCGAUAUGAAUCUUGUGCUAAUCCUUGUGUUAAAACAUGUAGUGAUCCUGAAGGAGUAGCAUGUAAAUUCCUUCCUCCGGUUGAAGGAUGCUUGCCAUACUGUCCCAAAAACAUGAUCCUUGAUGAGGUCACACUUAAAUGUGUUUAUCCAGAAGACUGCAUACCUGUGACACCUACAGACUCAGCAAUUGGAACAAAACCUUCAUUGUUAAUCUCUCUCACGGGUGCUACCAUGGAGAGAUUCCCUCAGACAUCUCCUUUAUUUGUUACUUCGGGGACUGAGUCAACUCGUAGUGGUGUGACAGACAAAAUAACCAUGAAGGCAAACACAACUUUAAGGGGAAUGAAUAUGUCGGCACAGUCCAUUACAGACUUUUAUUCCUUGGAAGCAUCUAGUGCAGCCACCUAUUCAACAUUUUCAUUACCAAUGUCAUCCAUUUCUAAAAAGCCAAUGAACUCCAUUAGGUCUACAGUCUUCCCUCUUAGACCACUGGUAUUACCUCUGAAUGCUACAUUAAAAGAAAUUACAGAGUAUCCAAGCAGUUCACAUAUGGAAUUGAAAACUGACCCUGUGGCACAAAGUUCAGGAAAACAGAGUUCUUCAGUGAGUUCUUCGGUAAGUUCUUCAGAAGAAGAUGGAACAUUAUCAGUCAUAUCAGCUGGAAUCAUCACUCGAUCCACUACACCAAUGAUUAUGAACACAACAGUGAACGCUACAUCCUUAAAAGCACCUUAUAUUUUUGCAAAAAUACCACUUAGCUCUUCAGCCAGUUUAUUGGUUGCUUCUGGCACUACUGUAGCCUCUAGGAUGACUACAAAAACUACUGAUUCUUUUGUUGAUGAUUUGGAGUUUUAUACGGCUUCAGCUUCAGUUCCUACCACCAUAGAAACACCCAUGCAUGUGCCACACAAAUCUUUAUUUACAUCUGCAGUCACACAAGCUUCACAGAGCACUAAAGAAACUCCAAAAAUGAUGAUCAUGAAAACAACUGGCACUACAAGUCCAUUAUCACAGACUAAGAGUACCUCGUUUACAGGUUCAGAAGUUAAAUACACAAUGUCAGUUGAAAGAACGGUGGAUAUUUUAGAAAGUGGUCAGACUUCACAUGAGCAAAGAAAUGCUACCAAGACAAAGUCAACCACAACUGAGAAAUCUUUCCUGCCUUAUUUGACAGUAUCUGCAGUUCAGAGUUCACCUUUUUCAAAAAAUACAACCUCAGUAAAAAAUAUCUCUCUUUCUGGAAUUCCAGCUGUAACAACAUCAGCUUGGUCCAAAAUCCCAACACAGAAACCCAUCAAACCUUAUUUCAGUUUAACAGAGCCCACAGAGCUGCAGACCAGAACUGUAAUAGAUUUAUCUCAUUCUAGUGGUGGAAUGGCUCUGCCUUCCUCUUCAGAGCCUGUGGAAACACAAACUCCUCUGGCAAGCACAGAAAAAAUGACAGCUAUAGCUGACAAGGCCUCCUCUGGUACACUGAUGUCUGCACCUUCUCAAUGUGUGCCAAGGUACCUUGAACCUGUCGACAAAUGUAGCCAAUAUGUAUGUGUUCAUACCGGCUGGAUGCUAUAUAACCAUUCAAAGAACUGCCCUAAGGAUGUGCAGAAGCCAGACUGUGGUUUUCGAGGAAUGCCAGUUCAAGUUAACACUGAUAGUUGUUGCCCAGAAUGGGAAUGUCCCUGUCAAUGUUCUGUACUUUCUGAACUGAGUGUUAUUACUUUUGAUGGCAACAACAUAGCCCUCUGUAAUAUGGCGUCCUACAUUUUAGUCAAGUUACCAGGAGAAAUCAUUGUUGCUCAUGUUGAAAAAUGUCCUGCUAAUCAGAGUGCAAAUUCAAUAAGAAAACUAGUUCCCCCUGCAAGCACUUCAGGGCUCUGUUUUAAGAAAUUAAAUGUAACAACGCGCACACAGAAAUUACUUAUCAAUCGCUUAGCAAGAAAAGUAGUAGUGGAUUCUGUAAUUCAAUCAUUACCAUUUUCAAAAGAAGGACUGAGUAUUCAGGAUACUGGCGCAAUGUAUGUCGUUAAUACCCCAGCUGGUAUUAGCAUCAAGUGGGCUCAUGUUACAGGCAUCAUAGAUAUACAGUAUGGAUUACACUCUACCACAUCGAUGAAGACAGAAGGACUUUGUGGGGUGUGUAAUGGAGACCCUACUGAUGACCUGAAAAUGCAAAACAGGACCAUAAUUACAAAUAUGGAAGAAAUCGAAGUGUUCAUUAAGAGCUGGGAAAUUGAGAAAUCACUUGAUGUAACAAGCAGGAGGCCAGUAAGAAAUUGUACUGAAGAUAACUGCACGUACUGUAUGGAACUGUUGAACAGAAGCAUUUUCAUCCCUUGUCACAAGAAAGUGUCACCACAGGAGUUUUGUGAGAAGAUGUGGAUCAACAGUACUUAUUUCUGGAAUUAUGAGUGUGAUGCACUUUCUGCAUAUGUGGCUUUAUGCAACAAGCACAACAUCUGCAUUAAAUGGAGGACACCUGAUUACUGUUCAUUGAGUUGUCCCGAGGGCAAGGAAUACCAGCCUUGUGUGCAACCCUGUGAAGCCAAGACAUGCUUGAAUAAGUGGUUCUAUGAAGAUUCUCCCUGUUCCUAUUUAAGGGAAGACUGUGUGUGUGAAAAUGGCACUAUUCUGCAUAGAACAGACUCUGACCUCUGUAUACCAGAAGAAAAAUGUACAUGUACAGAUAACAAAGGACAGCCCCGCUCUGCUGGGGAGAUCUGGAAUGGGUCCAUGCGAGGCUGUUGCAUGUACAACUGUUUAGAAAAUGGAAGUGUUGUUGCCAUAGAACCUGAAUGCAAUGAGGAUCCACCACCAGUCUGUGAAAGAGAAGGAGAAGUUAUCAUCCAUGUCAUUGAAGAGAGGGCUUGCUGUCCAAAGAAAGUUUGUGAAUGUAACAUGUCAUUGUGUGACACCAUUAUUCCAACGUGCAAAACCAAUGAAAAAUUGGUUGUAGGCUACCACCCCCUGUCCUGCUGUCCACAGUACCGAUGUGAAUGUGAUCCUUCGGUUUGUUUCAAUGCUUCCCAGCUGGACUGCAGAGAAGAUCAAUUUAUUGUUGAAGCAAAACAGGAAGAUCCCUGUUGUUUCUCUUAUCUCUGUGUUUGCGAAUCCUGUAUUGAGCCUAUUCCCUUGUGUAAUGAAGGGGAAAUUCUCACUGUAGACCUUAGUACCAUACAUUACUGUUGUCCUCAUUACUACUGUGUCUGUGACGAAAAUCUUUGUUCUGAGCCUCCUAUGAAUUGCACAGAUGACAUGACACUUGUUAAGAAAAAAAUACCUGGACAGUGUUGUCCAGAAUGGCACUGUGAAUGUAGCUGUGAAAAUGCUACUAUGCUGACCUGUAAAUUGGGAGAAGUUAAAAAAAUAGAUGGUAGUGUUUCCAGUGCUUGUGGAUGCACUCACUACAUUUGUGAGAAGGAUGAUGUGUGCAUCUUCCAAGAGGUCACAGUACUGAAUCCUGGACAGUCAGUGAUUCAGUACUUGGAUGGAGACCUUUGUUACACUGUACAGUGUUUACAAGAAAAAGAUCAGAACACAGGAUACAACGCCGUGCAUUUUACAAUGGUGAACUGUUCCCAGCAGUGUGAAGCUCAUCAAAUAUAUAUUCCUUCCUCCAAUCACCAUACUUGUUGUGGUACCUGUCAAAAUGUGUCCUGCUCUUUUCACACUGAGAAUGGAACACUAAUUGUGUAUGAGGAAGGAAGCACUUGGAGCUCCAACUGCACCAACUACAAGUGUGCAAAGACUGCUGUGGGGGCUAUCAUACUGGGAUCAAGUGUUGUCUGCCCCCCCUUUAAUGACACUGAGUGUACAAAGAAUGGAGGAAUUGUGCAGACGUAUAAUGAUGGCUGCUGCAAGACCUGCAAAAAGGAAGAAAGGAUUUGCCAGAAAAUGACCAUCAGGACAACCAUAAGAAAAAAUGACUGUAUAAGUCAAAGCCCGAUAAAAGUGGCUUCUUGUGAUGGAAAAUGCCCCUCUGCAACAAUUUUCAAUGUCAAUAUUGAUAGCCAUUUAAGAUUCUGUAAAUGCUGUCGAGAAAAUGGAACACGUAAUCUGACUGUGCCACUACGCUGCUCAGGAAAUGGCACUGAAAUUAUGUACGUCAUUCAAGAGCCUAUAGACUGCUCAUGCCAGUGGAACUGA